AUGUUCCAAUAUAUAAAGGCUAGUCAACGAAAACAAGUCACAAACUCGUUAUUUUCAUUAACAGGAGCAGUUUGCUUCAUGUUGGUUGGAGUAAACCAAGUUAUUCCAUGUCCUAUCGACAACAUGAUGGAAAGACCCGAUGAGCUAGCUCAGCAAUUAUCAUCUAACAUGCAUUUGAUCCGGUUUCGAUAA